GACAAGACGGGGCUACGAGGCACACCACUUCCUUACUCCCAAACUUGACCGACUCCAACGAGGUCUAAGUUGCUACCCCCACAUCGCGACCAUGGCCGAGCCGGUAAACACCCCGAUGCCCCCGAGCACCCCGGUGCCGGCAUCAACACCGCGUUCGAUGUCCCCCGCGCCGCCCGUCCCGAACCUAUCACCGAAUGCGACCAUGUCCGCCAUGUCCAGGAUGUUUCCACCGCCUGCGACCGGACGCGCCACACCGAAACGGCCCGUGGUCCUUCAUAUCGGUGACCCGAUCAAAUACAACCCGGGGACAUACGCAGAAUUCAGCACCGAGUUUGAAGUGAUCCGCCCGGACGCCGCCGAGCGUGAGCGGAGCGAGUUCAUACGGGCCCUGAAAGAGCGCCGCUGGGGGGACUUCAGCGCCAUCUUCCGGCCAUUCUGGGGCACUGGCGGCGAGAUGGGCCGAUGGGACGCCGAGCUUAUCGGCCUACUUCCGGACACAGUGAAGGUCUUUGCCAGUGCCGGUGCGGGUUUCGACUGGGUUGAUACCGAGCUGUUAGGAGAGAAGGGCAUCAUCUACUGCAACUCCGGCCUCGCCGCCGCCGAAGCGGUCGCCGACUUCGCCGUAGCCAUGAUCAUCUCCACCUUCCGGCACCUGCCCUGGUGCAUGACCGCCGCGACCUUCCCCCCUCCCAGCCCGCUGUCCACCGACCCCGCCCACACCGACGCGCGCGCGCGCGAGGCCUUCCAGACCUGCCACGCCCGCGCCACCGCCGCCAGCCACAACCCGCGCGGCCACGUCCUCGGCCUCAUCGGCUUCGGCAACAUCGGCCAGCAGAUCGCCGCCAAGCUGGGCAACCCGGCCUUCGGCAUGCGCAUCGCCUACCACGACGUGGUGCGCAAGCCCGCGGCCCUCGAGAACUCCCUGCACGCCACCUUCCAGCCGACCCUCGACGCCCUCCUCCAAGCCUCCGACUGCGUCGUGCUCGCGACGCCCGCGUCGCCCGACGGCCGCCCGCUCGUCACGGCCUCCACCCUCGCCCGCUUCCGCCCCGGCGCGCGCUUCGUCAACGUCGCGCGCGGCUCGCUCGUCGACGAGGACGCGCUCGCCGACGCCCUCGAGACGGGACACCUGGCCGCUGCCGCUCUCGACGUGCACGCCAACGAGCCCCGCGUGCACCCGCGGCUGGUGCGCCUCGCGACCAGGUUGCCUGCUUUUGAUGGUGAAGCUGGCGGUGAGACGCCGCCGCCCGGCUCGGGCCGCGUCAUGCUCACGUGCCAUAAUGCGGGCGGGACGGUGGAGACGCAUGUCGGGUUUGAGGAGCUGAGUAUGCGGAAUAUUUUGGCUGUGUUGAGGGGUGGGGAGGCCGUGACGGCGGUGAAUAUGGGGGUUUUGAAGCGGUGAGUGUGUGGUGCUGGCUGGCCGACUUUCGUUCGUGCUGGGUGGGGGCCCAGAGGGCGAUGGGAUUGCGGGUAGGAUUGGAGGUUGAACGGUUUUGAAACGCCAUGG